AUGGAUAAAAAGAUCGAACUCAAUUACUGUAUGAUAGUUUUACAAUUGAUCAAAAUUUGGAAGAUUCUUGCAAAGGUGGAUCCAAGAAAUCAAGGGAAAAGGCCCUUUCGAUCCGAUGAAUCGGAGAAGGAAGGGGCCGAGGAUGACGAGAACGUAUUUCCGGUGUUCUCGGCUCGAUCUCAGCACGACAUGCGCGUCAUGGUCUCUGCCUUGACUCAAGUUAUCGGAAGCAAUCACACCAACCAACGUAAUAGCGUCAAUCCAAACGAUCAGGCUUCUGUUUAUGAUCCACAAGACCAGAGUCAGCCAGUUGCUCCUUCUCAAGAUCAAGGGAAUUUGAGGAGGAGACACUACAGAGGAGUAAGACAAAGGCCAUGGGGAAAAUGGGCGGCCGAAAUCCGAGAUCCACAAAAGGCGGCUCGUGUUUGGCUGGGGACAUUUGAGACAGCUGAGGCUGCGGCCUUAGCCUAUGACGAGGCCGCUCUUAGGUUCAAAGGGAGCAAAGCCAAACUCAAUUUCCCCGAAAGGGUUCAGUUGGGAAGAAGCAUUGCAAGUUCCGAGCUACCAAACUCCGGUUAUAACGCACCUAAUCAGCCUUAUUCUUCAAAUCCACACAUUGAUAUUCCCCACACAAUGUCGUAUUACAAUCAAUACUACCACAAUCAGUACUAUCAAGGCGUGAAUUCUAGCGAUAUGCUGAGUUACAAUUCGCCCGGUGGAAGCGGAUUUUCUAUGUUACCUUCUACUACGACGACAACUACUACGGCUUCUUCAUAUUCCGGUGGAUCUUCGAGGCAACAAGAAGAGCAAGAUUUCCCGGGUUUUUUGCAUUUUGGGGGUUCUUCAUCUUCAUCUUCUCAUCAUUCGGGUUUUUGAGAGAUCCUUAUACAAGUUAUAUAAAGGGAUUCGGAUUUUAGUUUGGGCAGAGAGGAGAUGCUGUUUCUUGAGUGUUGUGUGAUUUAUGUAUGUUUUAAUCUUCUUUUUAAGAGAUCUAAUUUGGGGCCCUUAAUCUCUUGGGUGGGUUCCCCUUUGGUUUGUUCAA